AUGGACGAGGACAGGCAGGUUGUUCCAGGCGUCGUACACAACGUCUGGCCGGCUCGCAGCCCCGUAUCGUAUGCCUUUCCCAUCCGAGCGCAACCACCAGGACAGGCACAUCUGCACCCUUCAGAAAAAGGCGAGACGUUUUUUUACCUACGAAUCGUCGAUUCGAUGUCGCAAAAGAAGGGCCGGCCGGGCCUGACUUCCCCAAUGGGAGAUCAAAGUUCCGUCAUUUUCUGGUUCUCGGAGGGCUUCGAAGGGAAAGACGAGGGCACCCUGCGAGUCAUGGGGCUGGCUCACAACGAACUGGGGUGA